CUGGGUUGGCCCCUUGUAAGAUGGCAAGAAACGCAUUGCAAUAAUUUCCCUAUCUUACCUUUUGAAGACGAUCAAUCUUCUGAAUUCAGGUGUGGUGGAAUUUUGUGAAGAGCAGUUUUUGCGGGAGAGUCAAAGGAGGAGCUUCUUCCGGGCGGCCGGUGUGCAUGCAUGUGAUCGAUGGCUUCAUCGCCUAAGACGACUCCGGUAUUUAUACAGUAUGAUAUAAAUAGAGAUCCUUCUUCUUAUAAAACUAGUUUGUCAUCAGACGACGGCGACGACACACCGCCAGCUCCAGCCCCACCCCCACCCUCUCCUCCUCCUCCGCCGUCUGAAUCUCCACCGCCGGAGCGAGAAAAAUCUUCAUCACCAUCAAAAUCAUCCCCACCGCCGCCAGAUAAAUCAUCACCGCCCCCACCAGCAUCAGAACCAUCAACUUCUACCCCGCCGCCCCCGGCACCCGCACCACCAACUUCUUCGCCUCCAGACUCGUCCCCACCGCCUGUUUCUUCGCCUCCGCCUCCACCAAGGUCACAUUCACAUUCACAUUCACAUUCGCCUCCGCCCCCAUCUUCAACACAUGAACAGUCUCAUUCUUCUCCACCUCCAGUUGCUUGGGUGUCGACAACUUCUCCCGGAUACUCGCCUCCGCCGCCGGCUACGCCGUCAGUGCCAGCUCCUGCAAAUCCUGCUCCAGCAAAUCAUUCUUCCUCCGCAACAGUUUCCCAGGCAGGGGUCUUUUCUCCGCCCCCACCAACCUCAAUUGCUUCACAUAAACAUCCGGCCUCCGUCCACUCUCCUCCGCAUCCUCCAAUCUCAGCAUCAUCAGGUAACACGACGACGACGUCAGGUGACCCUACUGAUUUGCCGCCGCAAUCAUUAGCUAUUAUUACUGGAAUUGCUGGUGGGGGAUUAGCGAUUCUUGCAUUUAUCAUUGUCUGCCUCGUAUGUAUGAGGAAGCGGAAGAAGCCACAAUACUAUAUGGAUCCUGGACACCGGCCUAAAGGUGGUACUAAUCAAUACUACAAUGAUCCAACACAGUGGCAGAGUCCCCAAACUCCGGGGGGUGGCUACGUGUGGACGCCCGGCAGCAACGGCGGGUGGGGGGGAGCACCACCACCAGGAGCAGGAAACACGAGCAGUGAUUUCAGCUCAGGUUGUUCGGGGAACCACCAUAUUCAGAUGCCGCCUCUGUCGCCCAACAUUGGGGCGAUCAUUCAGUUUUGUUAUGAAGAGUUAGCAGCGGCGACAGGCGGAUUCUCUCAGUCGAAUCUGUUGGGGCAGGGCGGGUUUGGGUUGGUGCAUAAGGGUGUGUUGGCUGAUAAGAAGGAGGUGGCGGUGAAGAGCCUGAAGUCGGGGAGUGGACAAGGAGAGCGGGAGUUCCAGGCUGAGGUUGAAAUCAUUAGCCGGGUGCAUCAUCGCCACCUUGUGUCCCUCGUUGGCUAUUGCAUUGCUAAUGGCCGGAGAAUGCUUGUCUAUGACUUUGUUCCCAAUAAGACUUUGGAGUUCCAUCUUCAUGGAAAAGGUCAGCCAGUGAUGGAUUGGUCAACUAGGCUCCGUAUUGCAGUGGGAUCAGCAAAGGGGCUUGCUUACUUGCAUGAAGAUUGCCACCCUCGAAUUAUCCAUCGUGAUAUCAAAGCUGCAAACAUUCUUCUUGACUACAACUUUGAAGCUAUGGUGGCUGAUUUUGGUUUGGCUAAACUCACUUCAGAUAAUUACACUCAUGUCUCCACACGUGUCAUGGGAACUUUUGGGUACCUAGCGCCUGAGUACGCAUCAAGCGGGAAGCUGACAGAAAAAUCAGAUGUUUUCUCAUUUGGAGUGAUGCUCUUGGAACUCAUCACUGGCCGUCGACCUAUAGACUCUUCUAACAUGACUGAAGAUAGCUUAGUAGACUGGGCGAGGCCUCUUCUAUCAAAAGCAUUGGAAGAUGGGAACUACGCGGAACUGGUGGAUCGUCGGCUUGGGGAAAACUAUGUCGCCCAUGAGGUAGCUCGCAUGGCUGCCUGUGCUGCUGCCAGUAUACGUCAUUCUGCAAGAAGGCGCCCUAAGAUGAGCCAGAUUGUACGUUCUUUACAAGGAGACUCGUCGCUGGAGGACUUGAAUGAAGGUGUGAAGCCUGGGCAAAGCACGCUUUACAACCCCAACGGCAAUGGAGAAGCCUACGACACCUCCGCCUACAAUGCCGACAUGUUGAAGUUCAGGAAGAUGGUGAUGUCGAGCCAAGAUUUCAGCAACAGCGAAUAUGGAGCCACAAGCAAUGAGUAUGGGCGUAACCGUUCAGUUUCAUCCGCCACUGACUCCUCAACAGAGAUGAACAAGAAGAAUUGACGUCAAAAACCAAUAGAAAGACGUCGUCGUCGACAUGAUAGAUAUCUUAUAUAACUAGCAGUGGUUGAAGAAUUAGAAUGCAAUACAUAUAUGUGUGAUUCUAGCACAAAGUUUUUAGAAACUAAUGACACAAAAAUUUGAUGUCUUUUCUUGUCCCUUUUUGACGAUAUAAUCUUAUGUGUUUCGUCUGUCGACAACUUCGUGCUACAUGUGCUCGCAGAGUUUCAGACAUAUUGGAGUACGUAUGAUUUGGAUUC